AUGGCGUCCGCCGCCCUAAAGACGUCGACCAUUGCGUCCAACGACAAUGUUCAGCGCAUACACCGCAUCACAAGAGAAAACCGCAGCCUAUGGUACCAGUUGAAAGUUCUCCAGCAGCCUGAGCGCGCCCGAGCAUGUGGUGCUGGCAUGAAGGCCAACAGCGACCGCCGUCCCGUGGAUCCUCCGCCUGUUGUCGAGCUUCGCAUUAUUGAGGGCCCUUCCGUUGAAGAAGGCAAGGACAUCACCUUUGACUACAAUGCCAACUUCUUCCUCUACGCCAGCCUCGAGCAGGCCCGUCCCAUGGCACACGGCCGUGUUCAAACUCCCGCCACCCUCAAUCCUCCCAUUCUCACCGGUGUUCCUGCCUCGGGCAUGGCCUAUCUCGACAGACCGCACGAGGCUGGCUAUUUCAUCUUCCCCGAUCUUUCUGUCCGCCACGAAGGCUACUUCUGUCUCUCUUUCAGCCUCUUUGAGACAACCAAGGAGGAAAAGGACUUCGAUCUCGAACCCGCCACAGAUAUGCCCCCUGGUGUUGACUGGCGCAUGGAAAUCAAGACGCUUCCCUUUAACGUCUUUAGUGCCAAGAAGUUUCCCGGCCUCAUGGAGAGCACCACUCUCAGCAAGAUUGUUGCCGACCAAGGCUGCCGAGUCCGAAUUCGCCGCGAUGUUCGCAUGAGAAAGCGCGACUCCAAGGGCGCUUCCACCCACGACAGCAGAGAGGAAGCCUACCGCAAGCCGGCGCCUCGUCCCAUCAACACCGCUCCCAGCCCCCGCGACAGAUCACUUAGCAACUCAAGCGAGCAUCGCCCUCAGUACCCAGCCGACCCCCAGCGACGCCCCUCUGCUGCUGACUCUCACGCCUCUCACGCCUCCCACCCGCCUACCUACGAGCACAAUGGCCCUCCAGCGCGUCAUCUUUCCUUUGGCAGCGACGCGCCACUGCAAGCUCGCGCACCGCCUCCUCUACAUCACCCCAUCGCCCCGCGACCCUAUUCGAGCCACAUGCCAUCCUCCACAGGACCGCAGCAAGCCAACACGGCGUCAUCGUACCCAGAGCCGGAACAUUCCUACAGCCACUCUUCCACACCUCGUCCAUGUCCGUCGCCCGCGCUUUCUAUCAAACCAGACGUCUACGAGCCGAGACCGAGCCUCACCCAUGUUCCGCCUUCGCCUUCCUCGUUCUCAUCUAGCGAUCAUCAUUCCAGACGCAGCUCAUACGUUUCUCCUCACAUGCCCAUGUCAUCUUAUCCGUCUCGCCGGCCCCUGCUUCCUCAACCGUCGUCCUCUCAUGCGCCGCUCAAGAUUGCUUCGCUCAUGUCGCCGCUUCCACCCAUCGAAGCCGAGACGGAGGCACCUCCUCGCCUACCACAUAUCCCUACUGGUGGAAAGCGCAAGCACGACUUCGUCUUUCACCAGACGACGGACCCCUUGCACAACCGCCAGCGCCAAGUCGAUAUGCAUCACCGGAGCAACCCGCCACGCCUCUAUCCCGAGCCUGAUCAAUGCAUGUAUUCGAGAGCUGACGGCAACAUUGGCUACGUCCGUUUCAAUUCUUGCCAAUAG